UGUUUGAAGAUGAUAUUCAUUUCGUAAGUUGGCUCUUAAUCGAAAGGCUGCUUCGCGCCAACGGACUGCUACUAACUUCUUGACUGGUAGAACGGAGAUGCCAUCGCGUAAAUCAGGCGCCGUCACAGCAAUCCAAAUUAAAGAUGGACACGCGAACUUCAAACAACGAUACGUCCGAACGGAUAAGUUUCUCAAGGAAGAAGAAGCGAAACAGGCCCUAUUCGGACGAUACCGAAACCCAUACACAGACAAUGAGAGUGUUAAGGGCGUCAUCCGCACCGUCAGCAACACCAAUAUCACCUUCUGGCGUGGCAUGCUCCUAGCGAGCAAGGAAGACGGCCCGCCGUACGCCAUGGACCCCGUAACCCUAGAGACAAUCGGGCGCUACGAUUUCGAGGGCCAGAUCACGGCCCCGACGUUCACCGCACACCCCAAGUUCGACCCGGAUACCGGCGAGAUGCUGUGUUUCGCGUACGAAGCUGGGACCAAUGGCUCGGACUGUGAGGUCGAUACCGUGAGCUGGACGUUCGACGCCGAGGGGCGUAAGACGGAAGAGCUCUGGUUCAAGGCGCCGUUCGCGGGCAUGAUCCACGACUGUGGCAUUUCGAAGAAUUACCUGGUGCUCCCCCUGACUCCGCUGAAGAUGUCGCUCGAGCGGCUGAAAGCGGGUGGGAAUAAAUUCGCUUGGGACCCUAACGAGGAUCAGGUCUAUGGUAUAGUGCCGAGACGUGGCGGUAAACCGGAGGACGUGAAGUGGUUUCGGGCUGACAAUGCCUUCCACGGCCACGUAGCAGGGUGUUACGAAAACGAAGACGGCCACGUAAUCUUCGACCUAACCGUCGCCGACGGCAACGUCUUCUUCUGGUUCCCGCCCGACGGGGAGAAGCCCGACCUAGCCGGCCGCCAACGUCUUAGCAGCCCUACGUGCCGGUGGGUAUUCGACCCGGCCGCGAAAACGGGGACGCGUGUUACGCCGACGGUCGAGUGGAGCACGUCGGGGGAGUUCUCGCGCAUCGACGAUAGGUACGUGACGAAGAAGUACUCGCACUUCUGGCAGCUGCGCGUGGAUCCCACGCGCCCGUACGAUUUCGCGCGGUGUGGACCGCCGGCUGGUGGGUUGUUUAAUUGUAUGGCGCAUUAUACGUGGGAUGAUUCCGACCCGAAUAAGACUGGUGCCGAGGAUGUGUACUUCGCGGGCCCAACGGCGACGUUCCAGGAGCCGGUGUUCAUCCCUAAGGAUGGCGGUGCUGAGGGCGAGGGGUAUCUGGCCGCGCUCAAGAAUAACCUCGAUGAGCUGCGCAAUGAUGUGGUUAUUUGGGAUGCUCAGAACCUCGCGAAGGGACCGUUGGCGACUUUGCAUCUGCCGCUGAGACUGAGGCUCGGGUUCCACGGGAAUUUUGUCGAUCAUAGAGAUAUCGAGGCUUGGCAAGAGCGAAGGGCGGGUGACUUGGGACCGGUCCAACCAGCCAAAGAACCGCUUCCCUGGCAGAAAGCCCUUGCGGCGAAUGGUGUUGGGGGUCGUCAGAAUGGCACUGUAAAUGGGACUAAUGGGUCUUUGUAAAUGGGGGCGAUAUUUCUAUGAAUAAAUAUGCAUUGGUUGCUGGAUAA